ACUGUUCUAGGGAGGGGCUAGGAAUUCCAGAGAUAAAAGGCACUUCAAAACCAAGGCAACGCUACAGAGUCUUCCACUUCUUGUUCAGAUACCUGCAGGGGAUAAGAAGAAUGUUCCCUAGGCUGCAGGCAGUGUCUGCUCCAGCUCUGCUCCAGAUUACUUUGAUGGCUGUGCUGUUGGCUCCUGUUCUUGGUGACUGUGGUCCUCCACCCAUCUUGCCAUUUGCUUCUCCAGUCAUACAGUCUUAUGAGACAAACUUCAGAACUGGAACUGCUCUGAAAUACAACUGCCACCGCGGCUACUGGAGAGUCAAUUCAAGUCACGUCAUUUGUGAUAUUAAUGGAUCAUGGAUCUACAAUGUCUUUUGUGCCAAGAAGCGAUGCAGAAACCCAGGAGAGUUAGCCAACGGGAAAGUAGAAAUUAUAACUGAUCUGCUCUUUGGUUCAACCAUAGAAUUCAGCUGUUCAAAGGGAUAUAGCCUAAUUGGCUCAACAACUAGUCAAUGUGAGAGCCAAGGUAAAACAGUUGACUGGAGUGAUCCUCUCCCAGAAUGCGUAAUUGUCAAAUGUGAUUCCCCUCCAGACAUCAGCAAUGGGAAACACAGCGGUACAGAUGAAGACCUCUACACAUAUGGCUCCUUGGUCACCUAUGUCUGUGACCCCAACUACUCACUCUUAGGCAAUGCCUCUAUUUCCUGUCUGGUGGCGAAUAAAACAGUAGGUGUCUGGAGUUCAAACCCUCCGACCUGUGAAAAAGUCAUCUGUCGCCAGCCACAUAUUCCAAAGGGGAUAUUUCUCUCUGGAUUUGGAUUCUACUACACUUACAAAGACACUCUUGUGAUUAGUUGCAAGAAAGGUUACAUCCUCAGGGGCAGCAGUAUAAUCCACUGUGAAGCGAAUAGCAAGUGGUACCCUUCUAUUCCCACCUGCGAGCCCAACGGUUGUAUUGACUUACCAGAAGUCCCUUAUAUUUCCUGGGAGAGAAAUGUACUUAGCCUAAAGAAUCAAGAAAUAUUUGAGAUUGGCUCACUGUUGAAAUAUGAUUGCAAGACAGGCUAUCGACCAACUCCAAAUGAGCCUCGGACUGUCACUUGUCAAGAAAAUUUGAAGUGGGCAAUUUCCAAAGGGUGUGAAAGAGUGUGUUGCCCAACACCAAAUAUGGAGAAAAUGAGAAUCAUAAAUGAAAGGAGAGACUUUACUGGUGUCUGUGUCUAUGCCUAUGAAGAUUAUAUUUUCUACAUGUGUGAUGAAGGCUAUUAUCCUAUUUCUGCUGAUGGAAGGAGUUCUUGCCAAGCAGACGGCAUGUGGAAUCCUAAAAUGCCAGCGUGUGAGUCAGCUGUGUGUCUGAAACCAGAUAUACUAAAUGGAAAGCUAUCUGUGGAGAAGGAUCACUAUACUGAAACGGAAAAUGUCACCAUCCACUGUGACUCUGGCUAUGAGGUGGUUGGUCCCCAAAAUAUCAUUUGCUCGGAGAACAGAACAUGGACUCCAGAAAUACCCAAGUGUGAGUGGGAGGUCCCUGAAGAAUGCAAGCAAGUGGCUGCUGGCAGAAAGCUUCUGGAGUGCCUCCCAAACCCCUCUGAUGUGAAAAUGGCCCUGGAAGUGUAUAAGCUGUCUCUGGAGAUUGAGCAAUUGGAGAAGGAGAAGUACGUGAAGAUCCAGGAGAAAUUUUCCAAAAAAGAAAUGAAGCAGUUGACUUCAGCUUUACAUUAACAUACAGAAUUCCCAUUUACCAACUCCACUUGUCAUGAAGUAGCAUUACUCAUAUCAGUAAGUUUCUGCAGUUGGAAAAAAUUCAUGUGAUUAUUGUUACUGAAAAUGUAUAAUUACUGGUGUUGUAACUUGUGAUUCAAAGGUCUAUUGCACUCGUGCUGGUUAUAUAAAUUAUUGUU